CGCAAUAUUUUUAAAGAUGUCUAGUUUUUUUAUAUACACGCCAAUUUCAGGAAAACUUUUUUUAAUAAGGUUAGCCUAUUCGUUUGUUUACAAUUCCCUCAUAAAUUAUUAAUGAGCUUCAUACAGACAUUAGCACAGAGCAGAGUAGCCUGCACGUUUUCUGUUCGAAAGGCUCGCGCCUGGUGUCACGCCUGUAGCACCUGCAAAUGCAAAUCAGGAUGCACCUGUGUGACCAUGUCAACGCUGCACAUUCUAUCUUCUUUUGCAUUUGAUUCAAAUACCUAUCAUCUUUCUUCCUUACGUUAAUUUUAACAAUGGUUUGGAUUUUUGCUGAAGAACACAAAGGGGAAUUACCUUCUGAAACUGGGGAAGAUUGCGCAUUGUAAUUACGAAGACUACCCAAAAUGAAAUGUCACGUCAAUUACGUGAUGAACUCUACAAUUUUGUAACGAAUUAAAGCUUCUUUUAGGAGCCACUCGUCGUUACGCAAAGGGUUAAAGAGGUGCAGCAGUCGGUACCGGUGAGCUGAGAUCAUCUGGGUAGAGCGCGGAGAGCACUGGGGAGAGACGAGACUUUCCAGUACGGCUGCAUCUCCACACAGCAGCGCAUAACGCUGCCGUUGCUUUCCCUAUUCCGACUGGGUGUACCGCGCGCAAGCAGGAGCAAGGAGGCGGUGGGACAAAGACAAUCAGCAGAAGAAUGGCAAAGAGAUUGCACCUAGGCAGGCCGCUUGCCUCCACUUCCCCGGACUUCCCCCUUACAAACGUCACGAAGUAACGUCGUGUCCGCCGUUAAACGAAGGAACGGAUCUUUCUUUAAAUUCACCAUAGAAAAGGACGUAAACAAACACGCGCCGCUCCCUAUCCUGGAAACUGGAAACUGUCUCUCGAUCCCUCUGACCCUCGACUAAGUGGGGCUCAGUUACAAGGCGCUCGUCAUCCUCAAUUUUCCUGGUCUGUUCAUCACACUGUGCAAGUUUCGAAGUGGGUGCUCUAGUCGUGGAUUACUGUAUAUGACCCAUAUGAGGAGGGCGCAGUGGCCCUUGGCGUGGUGCUCCGUGUAGAGGACAGCUUGGCUUCUGAAAGUCUCCAAACUACGUGGAGUGUAAGCCAGGAUGCCGGUCCGAAGGGGGCACGUGGCACCGCAGAACACUUUCCUGGACACCAUCAUCCGGAAAUUCGAGGGCCAGAGUCGCAAGUUUGUCAUAGCCAACGCACGCGUGGAGAACUGCGCCAUCAUCUUCUGCAAUGACGGCUUCUGCGGCAUGUGCGGCUACACGCGUGCCGAGAUCAUGCAGAAGCCCUGCACCUGCAACUUCCUGUACGGCCCGCACACCAAGAGGCUGGCCAUCGCGCAGAUGGCGCAGGCACUCCUGGGCUCGGAGGAGCGGAAAGUGGAGAUCUCCCUCUACAGGAAGGACGGCGUAUGCUUUCUGUGUCUGGUGGAUGUGGUGCCGGUGAAAAACGAAGAUGGCGUGGUGAUAAUGUUCAUCCUCAACUUUGAGGUCAUGAAUGACGACAGAGUGCGAGACCCCAACCGAAACCUCAACCACAAGCUGCCCCUCCCCUGGCUUACCUCAGGUCGGCCUCGGGGAUUUAAGCUGCGCCUGCCUCUCCUGCGGUCUCUCAGCAACAGCAAGCAGUCCCUGCAGGAGGACCCCGAGGUGGGGCGCGUCCGGGAGCCCUCCCACCCCAGCCACGAGUCCCUGGCCCUGGACGAGCUCCUGUCGCUGCCGGAGCCGGCCCGGCCGGCGGCCCAGUGGCCCGAGGACCAGCGCACCCUGCUCCCGGACAGCGAGCCGCGCCUGGCCCUGCCGCUCACGCAGUCCUCGCCCCGCCCGCACCGGCUCAACCCCGAGGCCUCGGUGUCCAACUGCAGCCUGACGCACAGCCGCUCGCGCGAGAGCUUCCACAGCAUGCGCCGCGCCUCCUCCGUCGACGACAUCGAGGCCAUGCGGCCCGAUUGGGACAGGAAGUUCCGCACGCGGCCCGCCAGCACAGGCGCUGUGAAUCACAAGUCCAACAUUCUCAACUCUACCUCCGACUCGGACCUCAUGCGCUACCGCACCAUUAGCAAGAUCCCCCAGAUCACCCUCAACUUCGUGGACUUCAAGCCGGACCCCCUCAUCGCCCUCCCCGCCGGGGAGAUGGACAUCAUCGCUCCCUGCAAGCUGAUCGACCGCACGCACAACGUCACCGAGAAAGUCACACAGGUGCUGUCACUAGGGGCCGACGUCCUCCCAGAGUACAAGCUGCAGGCUCCCCGCAUCCACAAAUGGACGGUGCUGCACUACAGCCCCUUCAAGGCGGUGUGGGACUGGCUGAUCCUCCUGCUGGUCAUCUACACGGCCAUCUUGACCCCCUACUCCGCCGCAUUCCUCCUCAACGACCACGAGGAGGUGGCCAUGCACAACUGCAGCUACACCUGCAACACGCUCAGCGUGGUGGACCUCAUAGUGGACAUCAUGUUCAUCAUCGACAUCCUCAUCAACUUCCGCACCACCUACGUGAAUGUCAACGAUGAGGUGGUCAGCCAUCCCUUCCGCAUUGCCGUGCACUACUUCAAGGGCUGGUUCCUCAUCGAUAUGGUGGCCGCCAUUCCCUUCGAUCUUCUCAUCUACCGUAAUGGAGAAGAGACAACUACUCUGAUUGGCCUGCUGAAGACGGCUCGCCUGCUGCGAUUGGUGCGCGUGGCGCGCAAGCUGGACCGCUACUCCGAGUACGGCGCGGCGGUGCUCUUCCUGCUCAUGUGCACCUUCGCCCUCAUCGCGCACUGGCUGGCCUGCAUCUGGUACGCCAUCGGCAACAUGGAGCGCAACGGCUCCAUCGGCUGGCUGCACUCCCUGGGGGACCAGCUGGGGAAGCCGUACAACGAGACCAUCCGGAGCUCCGGACCGUCCAUCAAGGACAAGUACGUGACGGCGCUGUACUUCACCUUCAGCAGCCUGACCAGCGUGGGCUUCGGCAACGUCUCGCCCAACACCAACUCCGAGAAGAUCUUCUCCAUCUGCGUCAUGCUCAUAGGCUCCCUGAUGUACGCCAGCAUCUUCGGAAAUGUCUCCGCGAUCAUCCAGCGCCUGUACUCUGGCACCGCCCGGUACCACACCCAGAUGCUGCGGGUCCGAGAGUUCAUCCGCUUCCACCAGAUCCCCAACCCGCUGCGUCAGCGCCUGGAGGAGUACUUCCAGCACGCCUGGUCCUACACCAACGGCAUCGACAUGAACGCGGUGUUGAAGGGCUUCCCGGAGUGCCUGCAGGCGGACAUCUGCCUGCACCUGAACCGCACCCUGCUGCAGAACUGCAAGGCCUUCAAGGGCUCCACCAAGGGCUGCCUGCGCGCGCUCGCCAUGAAGUUCAAGACCACGCACGCGCCGCCCGGCGACACCCUGGUGCACGCCGGCGACGUGCUCACCGCCCUCUACUUCAUCUCCCGCGGCUCCAUCGAGAUCCUGCGCGGCGACGUGGUGGUCGCCAUCCUCGGGAAGAAUGAUAUCUUCGGCGAGCCCAUCAACUUGUACACGCGUCCAGGGAAAUCGAACGCAGACGUGAGGGCCCUCACCUACUGCGAUCUGCACAAGAUCCACCGCGAGGAUGUCCUGGAAGUGCUGGACAUGUACCCCGAAUUCUCCGACCACUUCUGGAGCAACCUGGAGAUCACCUUCAACCUGCGCGAUACCAACAUGAUACCGGGUUCUCCCAGCAGCGACGGCUCCGACUGCGCCGGCUUCAACCGCCUGCGCAGACGCAAGCUGUCCUUCCGCCGCCGGACAGAGAAAGACGACGCGCAUGCGGGAGAGAUCAGAAAGAGCCAGAAGCCCAUCCGCAAGGGGAGGAAGAGCGUCGCCAGCAACCAGGCGGAAGGCCAUAAAGCAGAGUGGGAGAGACCUCGGAGUUCGGUCUCCUCCCCCUCUCAUUCCAGCGGCGACGAGGGGGAGGAGUCUAUCCACACAUGCCCCGCCCCUCCGUCUGUUCUCACGGAACUCUUCCAGGCCCAGGCCGCGCACCUGAACUUCAGCGACACUCCGGAAGGGGAGGGGGACCCCAAGACGGGCAACACCUGCAACGCCCUGUCAGGCGCAUUUUCAGGGGUCUCCAACAUCUUCAGCUUCUGGGGAGACAGCCGCGGUCGGCAGUACCAGGAGGUGCCGCGGAGCAGCCUGCCGUCGCCCCCGCCGGUCAGCGUGCCCUUCAGCCGGAGGCAGCGCUGCGAGGUGGAGCACAGGCUGGACCUGCUGCAGAAACAGCUCAGCAGGCUGGAGACGCGCAUGUCGGCCGACAUCAGCGCCAUCAUGCAGCUGCUGCAGAGACAGAUGGCCCUGGUUCCCCCGGCCUACAGCACGGUGUCCUCCCCCCCGCACCCCUCCCCCUACCCCGAGGCCGGGGAGAGGCUGGUCCCGCCCGUCACGCCGCUGGAGUCCGAGGUGCUGGCCUCGCUCUCGCAGAUCUUGGAGACCCAGGACUUUGAGGAGAUUCCCGCUAAGCCGUCCGAGUCCCUGCAGAGCAUUUCAGAGCAGCGGCCCCCGUGCUCUCUCCUGCUGGCCCACACAGACACGCCGCCCCUGGGCCCGGUAGGCCCCGAGCACCCGCCGGGGCCGGGGCCAGGACUGGGGCUAGGGCCAGGGCCGGGGCCGGGGCCAGGAACGGCCCCCCCAGACCCCGAGGCCCAGCGAAGGCUGUCGCUACCAGAGCCGCACGCACCCCUGGACUCACGGACACCACAGAGACACAGCUCAGACCCCGGGAGCUAGGGGCCCGGGGCCCGGCGCACUCCGUCUCUCUCGGCCCCGCGUCCCGCCGGGGUUCUCCCGCUGUCCUUUUGCACUGAGCAGCCGAGGGGGGGGGGGGGGGGUCCAGUGGCUGCAGUCAGAAACUCCUCUGACCUCUUUUCUCUUUCAGCUCCUGUAAGUCCCUGGCCCCUGGGAGUGAAUAGGGGGCCUUUGUGACAGACCUGCAGAGCUGCCAGAGACUCUCUCCCCUUUUAAUCUCCAGCUCUGUUCAGUAGAAAAACACUAACUGACCACGGGCAGAUUGAAUCCUGGGUGCAUCUAGACUCAGGAUUGUGCUGAACAUUUUGUCUGGCUGGCCGGGAGAGAGGAUCAUGAAAGUGGCAGGUUCUUUGUAGGAUUUCUUUUUUUCCCUUUACUGCGGUAUCCAUUUUGGAUCCACAUGAAAAAGAAAUACUAGUAGCCAUUAUGUCUUGCACUGAAAAGUUUCAGACGUUAUAUCUUCAAGUCCAUGGCGCUUCCAAACUGGUUGGUGAACUUUAGUGUUAGCUGGCCUAACAACACAUGUCCUGUCCUGCUUUUCGUCAACUUCCUGAAGCAUGUCGCUGAGGUGGAGCUGCUCCAGGUGCGG